CGAGCUAGCUCAUCACUAGUGGUCUAGAAGCUUUUGCGAACGUGUCCUGCCUUAUCGAGCGGUGUUUGUGUCCAAUCCAUAGCUGUUGACAGUCGGCUACGAAAAAAAAAAAAAGCGCAAAAGUUUUUGGUCUCUCUCUCUGUGAUCAACAAUUCAGGAUUUUCCCCGUAUAGUUAUGUGGCAUACUCCGGAUCCCAGCAGCGCGGAUUUAGUUAGUUUAUCAAUUCUCGGUGUGCUAGCCGAAGAGGACGAUGACUUCAAACAACAGCAAUCGAUUGCCCGUCGUAAAGUUGUCGCCAGGCCCAGAAACGCCCCCCUUGCCAGCACCCAGGAGGAUCCGACUGGCAAUAAGCAACCGCCAUUGCAAAUCGUUUGGCGAAACGUUUUAGUAUUCAUUUACCUUCAUGCCGCUGCUAUCUACGGGUUCUAUCUCUGCUUCACGGCCGCUAAGUUAGCAACAUUAGCUUGGGCGUUUUCCUUGUUUAUUUACGGUGGGUUCGGAAUAACGGGCGGAGCUCAUCGAUUAUGGGCUCAUCGUUGUUACAAGGCCAAAUGGCCAUUACGUGUGUAUGCCGCCAUAGGGCAAACGAUGGCUGUUCAGAAUGACAUUUAUGAAUGGAGCAGAGAUCAUAGGGUCCACCAUAAAUUUAGUGAAACCGACGCUGAUCCGCACAACGCCCGACGCGGUUUCUUUUUCGCUCACGUUGGUUGGCUGUUGUGUAAGAAACAUCCCGAGGUGAUACGCCGCGGCAAAACGAUUGACAUGAGCGACGUCCUACAAGAUCCCAUUGUGGCAUUCCAGCGAAAGUAUUACAUCCCGUUGGUGCUACUACUGGCGUUUGCGAUGCCAGCGUUCGUGCCCUGGUAUUUUUGGGGCGAGUCUUUCAAAACAGCUUUCUUCGUCGCCUCUAUUUUCCGUUACGUUUUCACGCUCAAUGUCACGUGGCUCGUCAAUAGCGCCGCUCACCUUUGGGGCAAUCAUCCAUACGACAAGGGCAUCAAUCCGGCGGAGAACAGGAUGGUUGCGUUCCUGACAUCCGGCGAAGGAUGGCACAACUACCAUCACGUUUUCCCGUGGGAUUACAAAUCAGCCGAAUUAGGAAAUUACAGUAUGAACGCCACGAAAGCCGUCAUCGAUUUCUUCGCUUGGAUCGGAUGGGCCUACGAUUUGAAAACCGUUCCGGAAAGGAUCAUUCGAAAUCGUGUCUAUCGAACGGGCGAUGGUUCUCAUCCGUUCGCUUUGGAAGACAGCGAGUACACGCUGGACGAUAUGACAGCAGCUAACGAGGAUUCGUAUGGCGAAAUCAUUCCGGAAGAACAUUAAGCAGUUUCCGUUAUACUAUAAAGGCAAAACAAUUGAAGCCGUUUUGUUUUUGAAGUAGUAGGCUAUAGGUGGUAACCUACUUUCUAAGAACUGGAGCCGCUUUUAUACCGUUCUCCCUCCCCAGUAUUUUUCUCAAAAUGUUUGCGCUUUUGUUUUCCUUUUUUUCUUUCUUUCUUUCAAACUGUCUGCGGGAAUCAGACUAAAUCUCCUGUUUACAAGGGCCGUAUUCAAAUUUACUGACUUACGCACCUUAUGUUGGAAAUUUCCUUAUCGUUUCCCGUAAAUACACAAAUUUUUUCCUAUUUA